CUAUGCAAGUUUGACAAAUAAAUACUCUUACAAACAAGUACAGUAAACAAGUUCAAGUUAAAUGAGUGUGAAAGCAAAGCGCAAGAUUUUCUAACAUCACCAACUUCACGGGUUCUCACUUUCCCAAUCUUCAACUACAAAGUGUGUGUAUAUGUAGGUGAAACUGGGUGAUUAUAAAGGGAAAUGAGGUGGGGUUGCUGUGGAAGUGAAGAAACUGAUGAUAUAAAUGUUGCUGGAAAUGUAAAGAAAUUCUCUUACAAACAACUGAGCGCAGCCACUCAUAAUUUUCAUCCUUCAAAUAAGAUUGGUCGAGGAGGUUUCGGAAUUGUUUACAAGGGAGUCCUCAAAAACGGAACACGGGUAGCUGUGAAAACACUUUCUGCUGAAUCGAAGCAGGGUCUGCGUGAAUUCUUAACUGAGAUUGACAUUAUAUCAAAUGUUAGGCAUGCAAACCUUGUCAAAUUAAUUGGGUGUUGUGUUCAAGGAACUAAUCGGAUUUUGGUAUAUGAAUAUCUAGAGAAUAAUUCCCUUGAUACUGCUUUGUUAGGCUCUGAUAGAAAGACAAUCAGAUUAAAUUGGGAAAGAAGAUCCGCUAUCUGCAAGGGUACUGCCAGAGGCCUUGCCUAUCUUCAUGAAGAUCUUGAGCCACCUAUUGUGCAUCGGGAUAUCAAAGCUAGCAACAUCCUACUGGACAAGAACUUCAAACCAAAAAUUGGAGACUUUGGGUUGGCAAAACUUUUUCCGGACAACAUCACUCACAUUAGCACCAAAAUAAGAGGAACCACAGGUUAUUUGGCGCCGGAGUAUAUGUUGGGUGGAAAGUUAACUAAAAAGGCUGAUGUCUUCAGCUUUGGGGUUCUCAUACUUGAGAUAGUAAGUGGCAGAAGUAGUGGAAAACCAAGCUGGGGAGGAAUACAAAAGCUUUUGUUGGAAUGGGUGAGGCAGCUCUAUGAAGAAGGCCAACUCUUAGAGAUGGUAGAUCCUGAUCUGGAAGGAUUCCCUGAGAACGAAGUGAUUAGGUGUAUAAAAAUAGCCCUUUUUUGUACACAGGCAACAGCAAGCAGGAGACCGACAAUGAGUCAAGUUGUUGACAUGCUCUCAAGAAACACCCAGCUCAACGAAAAAGAACUUAAGGUGCCAGGUUAGUUUCAAUUUAAAGGUCAGCAUCCAUGUCAACUCAUAGCCUCUCCAGGUUUUCCGUGAGCAUCUUUAGUUGUCACCGAGUUUACCCCGAGAUUAGAUUAAGGUCCAUUUUCAAGCUUCCAGAAAGUUCAUGGAAUUUUGUACUGGGCAAAAGGACUUCAAAUUUUUUGCAGGUAGGAAUAUGUAAUGUUCUACAUGUCUCUUCUUAACCAAUAGGGGCUUCUGUAAUAUAUAGUUGUAAAAUAUUAUCUCUUCUUGUAAAUAGUUCAGUAGUUCACUAGGAAUUCCAUCUUUGCUUUAGCUGUAACAUUAAUACUUGAAUAAUUUUUAAAUUGCCAGCACUUGUGAACUGGUUUAUUUACAAAGCCUUGGUGAGCUAAAUUUCUUCAUCAUAUUUAUAAAUGAA